AUGAGAAAGAGCGAUGAAGAGAACAGGGAAGAAGAUUCCGGGGAAAGAAACAGCACGUUGCAACCCUGUCGCAAUGGUACAGAUCCACCAAUAUUGCUCCUUAGUGAUAUCUCUGUGAUUGUUCAUAUCAGAGACAAGGCAUCUGGAACAUAUGCUCCUUUAUGCUCCAGGAGUUUCCAAGAACUGUUCCACCAACCGUCAAUUCAUUACGAGCUGUCUGAGCCGUUGCUGCUCCCAACACGACUCUCUGGAGACUUCAGGGAUCACUUUUGCAAAUCGUUUGAGGAAUGCCAGAAGUUCCCUCAGAGAGUUUCUGACGAGCUUGGUGUAAGCAUGCGGCUUUGGCGGAAGGACACAAACAAGUCAUUUUGUCUGUGCAACAAAGAAGAACCUAGUGAAGUAGCUGGAUUCAAAACUACUCACAAAAGAGCAACAUUGUUUCCUAUCGUUGGAGCCAAUGAAGACGAAGAAUUGCUAGAAUCAUAUGUCAAUUGUUUCAUUCUGCCCACUUUUCCGCCGUCUUACGACCGUAAUAUCCACAAUUGGAGCAUUGACAAAGUUCAUGGCUGGAAGCAGUAUGAUAUCGAUGACUGGAAGACAAUUCGAUAUUCGAUUAGCUCAUUUCAAUUCGGUAUCACUAAGGAGGGCGGGUUUAAGACAGUUGACGAAAUUCUCGAAUGGUUGAAUGUGUUGGACUGGGAAUAA